CUGGAGCGCCGCGGAGGUCACGAGUCAUGUGACAGAGGCUUGACAGGCGGCUUCCGAGAGGCGACUGAACUGCGGGGACACCCGGGCAGGUCGCCCCAGGCUGGAGCGCGCGUGGGUCUGCGGAGGUCGCCCCCUCUCGGCGCGGGGACAGGGCGUGGAGAUUGAUCCUGCGAAAGGAAGGAGUUCAUCAUGGCGGAUGAUCUAAAGCGAUUCCUGUACAAAAAGUUGCCAAGCGUUGAAGGACUCCAUGCAAUUGUUGUAUCAGAUAGAGAUGGGGUGCCUGUUAUCAAAGUGGCUAACGACAGUGCUCCAGAGCAUGCCCUGAGGCCUGGCUUCUUAUCCACUUUUGCCCUCGCGACAGACCAAGGCAGCAAACUCGGACUUUCAAAAAAUAAAAGUAUCAUCUGUUACUAUAAUACCUACCAGGUGGUUCAGUUCAAUCGUUUGCCUCUGGUGGUGAGUUUCAUAGCCAGCAGUAAUGCCAACACAGGACUAAUUGUCAGCCUCGAAAAGGAACUGGCUCCAUUAUUUGAAGAACUGAUAAAAGUUGUGGAAGUGUCUUAAUCUACCAGUGGUUUUGAUGUGUACCUUGUCUUCAUUGCAAAAACACUGCACCAGUCCAGCAAUCGUCAGACCACAGUAAUACUUGUAUCUCUGUAUUCAAAGGGCCGCUUUUCCUCCCUACACUAAAGAAGAGCCUAUAGCUAUAAUCUAUAGACAGAUCAAUUGUUAUAUUUAUGUGUAUAAAGUCUUUUCUUACUUAGUGAGAUCUGGGAAUGCCACAAAAAUGGUUUAUUCUAGUGCAGCUCCCAUGGAGUUAGUGUGGAUCCUGCUAACAAGGGUCUUCUCUGCAGUGCUUCGGGGUCAGGAUGGAAGACCGGUGCUCUUGAGCCAGCAAGCACUCCUGCUGCACGGUGCUCCACUGCACGCGCCACAGAGACCCUUUCACUGAGAAUAGUAAUGAGGACAUAUUUUCCUAAGAUUGUAUUUUAUUUCUUUGCACUGAGUGUGAGGAAGAUGAAUGGGUUAGUAAAAAUAAUAAAGUAAGUACAAUCACUAACUUUCCUCUGUGUAUGAUCUCAGUGUAGAUGAGUAUUACUAAUGCAUUUGAUUCUUCUUCGAGGGUGCUGCUCUUCAGUGAGAAUGAAAAUCACUGCUUAUGAUUUCCCUUCUCUUUCUGUAACAGUGCUUUAAUGAUUGUGUUCUCUGUACAUUGGAAAUGCCAUGUGACUGAGUUCUUCUCCACUAUCAGUAUGUAUAUAAAAAUGACAGUAUAGCCACUUUUUCAUACACAAUCUAAAUAAAAUAGUAUUUUUAAAAAUACAGAA